GGUGGGCUAUUUUGACACUUCAAAUGUUUUCCUCCUAGUUGUAUUCAAGUUUUAAGACAAUCAUUAUGGGUCCAAAAAGAAACCAAGUUUCAUAUAUUAAACCGAAUGAACCAGCUUUCUUAAGGCGUCUAAAACAACAAGCCGGUUACAGGGAAGGACCAGAUAUUGACACAAAGAGAGAAACUUAUGUUGAUAAUAGUGAAGAUGAUGAAUAUCUAGAAGAAAAAGAGGAUGAAAAACCAACUGUGGUGGUUCUACGAACAGGUGACCUAACUGCCGAAGAGGCAGCAAGAGAAGAAGUUGAGCUGAAACGAGAAGAAGAAAAAGAACUCAUUGAGAAGGGGAAAAUAACUUUCAAGCCACAGAAAAAAAGAACUAAAACGUCAAAUCCACAUAGUGACAAUGAUCUUUCAAACAGCAAAAAAACAAAGAAAGAAGAACUUGCACCUAGUGAAAAAAAAGAAAGUGACCAAAGUUCUGCUAAGAAGUCUAGUUUGCUUUCUUUUUGCGAUGAAGAAGAAGAUGAAGAACAGUAGGGUUAAAAAAAAGAAUACACUGUGAAUUUUUAGAAA